GUAGAAAGUAAACAUCACCACUCGCAGAAGGGUGACGGACGCCGCGAAAAAUGGGGUAUGAGGAAACAAAUUUGGCCUCCGCAAAAAACCACCCCGAAUUCAUGAACCGGGUACUUGGGGUCCAGAAUUCAGAUGCAGGUAGCGCAAGAUCUAUGACUCUCGGACGAUCAUUUCUCACUAGGGAAUGGGUUGUGGUUAAGUGCCGAGCUACACCGCUGCUGAUUUUUAAUACCGGUACUUGUACAAGCAACCGAACCAAACGAGGGGAUAAAGAGUGCAAGGGGUGCCAACCUGGGUUCAGAGAUAGAAUCACUCGCGGUCUAUGGGGGGCACCAGAUAAUAUCAGUGCUGAUUCACUUUCUACAAUGACCCCCUCCCUCACUUGCUCAUAUAUCACUUCACACAUCUACGCCCUCCACCUCCUCCUUUCCACCACCCUACACCUCAUCCUGCAAAUUCUCCUCUCCCUCCUGUCACUCCCUACGACACUUCAUACCCAUCUCCUCCAUCAUGGCGCGAAAUACCUUGAAGAGCACUACCACACGCCAGACGCUUUCGCACUAAUCACCGGCGCUACCGACGGGAUUGGUCGGGCGUUUGCGUUGGAACUUGCUGAUAGAGGGUGGAAUAUAAUCCUCCACGGCCGAACACAAGCGCGGAUAAACCCAUUACUAGAACAGCUCCGGGAGAAGUACCCCCGUCAGGCAUUCCUUCCUUUGCCCAUCGACGCAGUGGAUGCUCGAGCUGGGGGUAUUGGUCAAGCACUGCUGAUGCUAGAGCCGACCGUCCGCGUGACGCUAUUGAUCAACAACGCCGGCGCUAUCCCACCUAUAAAGGCGUUCUCGGAAUUAAGUGAUGAGGAGGUUAUCGAUAACGUGGCCGUGAACGCUACGUUCGGAGUGCUUGUCAUUAAAGCGUUGAUGAACGGGUGGUUUGCCAGAAGGGCGUGUGUGAUUGGGAUGGGGAGUGUUGGAGGUGUUAUGACCUUGUCGGGAACUCCCACCUACUCAGCAUCGAAAUCGUACACCCAUAAAUUCUACGCAUGCUUGCGGGCUCAACUAGCUUCCCCGCAUCCAGCCUCUUCCACCACAACCUCCUCCGCCUCCUCAGCGGAGUUGGAAAUACUCCCGAUAAUAGUUGGUGGAGUACGCACUAAAAUGACGCCCAUAUCUGAUGACGGUAAUAUAUUCCUCGUGACGCCACAAGUGUUUGCCCAACACGCUUUGGCGAAGGUUGGACUUGGGCGGGAGGUUUAUGGGUACUUCUGGCACGAAGUGCAGGUGUGGUGUAUCACUAUUUGGCCAGAGGAAGGGGGGAUGAGGAGGUGGGUUAAUUCGUUCAUGAUGCGCGGGGUGGAGAAGUUGAGGACUGAGGGGUGGAGAAGAUUGAAUAAUGGAGGGAGGAUGGUUGAUGGGAGGUUGGUUGGGGGGAUGUGAAAGCAUUAAGGGCGGGUCUAUGGGGGAACGAUAGAAUCAACGACGAUUGCAACGGGUCCUGGGUAUUGCGAAUGCACAGGUCUGUAAAUUGAUAGUCUUAGAGUACGACAAUAAAUGCUACCAGAUAUUCCGA